AUGAAGUUCCAUAGCCGUACUGCAUGUAACAAACAUUAUGUCACAUGGUACAAUUGGAAAUUUCUUUUUGUUCUGUUUGUAAUUAUGACACAAACCCCAACCCUCGGCUUGAUUGGACAGUUGCGAUGGGUAGUGUACUUGUGCACAACAAUCUUGACACUUACAUCCAUGCACACAUACAAAUGCAUUUUAGAAAUAGGGGUUGAAACACUCUACAUGGGAGAGGGUGUUUCAGAGCAAGACAUUGAGUACAGUUUAAAAGCUAAAACACAAUUACGAACCAAAACCAACGAUAGGCACAAACAUAACGAACUUCAACGAGUAUUUUUUCAAAGGUGGGCAUGUUUUGAAAGACAUACCACAUUUUCUAUUGCGAAUUAUGUGCCAAGUCAAUUCUUACGUAGGAGCGUAUAUGACCGCAAAAUUUUAUUGCACUCUAUAUAUGCUUAG